GAGAGAGUCCACUCCACACUCAUCCAUGGAGAGAGAAAGAGAGGCGAGAGCAGCGGAGGAUUUCACACUCAAAUGUAUUUUACCUUCUUUGUGAAAUCUGGUUAUCUGUGGAAUGUAUCUGGCAGUAAUGAGCUGUUGAAUGUUUGAGACUUGAGGGAUGAACCUGGAGAAAGUGUUAUAGCAGAACGGUCUUAUACCAGUGGACCUUUCAUUAUUGGAGUAAUCAUCUGAGGAGCUCUGGUUUGGAAUUCAAUUCAGUGGGACAUAGGACAGCUGCUUGAUUUGUCAUUGGAAUACACUAACAGUAUUUGCACUGGUAAAAAAUAAGGUGGGUGUUUUUUGUAUUUAUUUAUCUACCUGGACAUCUGUAUAGGAAGAAACGUGAAAGAGAGGACUCUCAGAUUUGUCACUGGAAUUCAUUGACUUUCAGUAGAGUAACUGCUCUAGCUACCAACAAACAGGAGGAACAGAAGGACAUCUCUUUUUGCGUAGUGACCUGGUAGAAAAGGUAUCAGAUAGCCCCAUUUCCCAGGAGGGCUCCCCUCCCUGCCCUCCCAGCCUCCCCUGUCCCCAGCAGCAUGUCCCAGGCUGUGAGGCUGAUUCCAGUCCUCCCCAAACCACUCUACCAUGAGCACAUGGGCUGCUGGAGGGAGUAAGGCUGCCUCUGCCUGGUCCACCUCUGGGUCUUGGUUUAGGUCUGGCUCUGGGUCCAGGUUUAGGUCUGGUUCUGGGUCUGGGCUAAGGUCUGGCUCCAGCUCCAUCUCUGGGUCCUCCUUUUCCAGCCUGUCACUGUCUCUGCUGCUAGCACUGCUGCUCUCCCUUUCCCUCCCUUUGGUUGUCUGUCAUCAACCUCUCUACAGAGGCAGGAACCAGCCCCACAGCCCCAACAGCACUCUUAGUGCCCCAGUGAACAGUUCCCUGGCUGGGUCCAGGAUUGGAGGAACUGGGCAGACUGGGGAUCCCUUAGGAAGGACAGGGGGUCCACUUGGGAGGCAUGUACGCAGCUACAACCACCUGCAAGGAGAUGUGCGGCGGAGAAAGCUCUUCUCCUUCCAGAAGUUCUUCCUGCGGAUCGAUAAGAAUGGCCGAGUCAACGGAACCAAGAGCAAAGAUGACCCACUCAGUAUUCUGGAGAUUACAUCAGUGGAUGUGGGCGUGGUGGCUAUCAAAGGACUGGGCAGUAACUACUACCUGGCUAUCAGCACCAAGGGAGAGCUGUAUGGAGCGAAAGAGUUUGGCAUUGACUGCACACUGAAGGAACGUAUUGAAGAGAACGGCUAUAACACCUACGCCUCAGCCGAGUGGAGGAACAAGAAGAGACAGAUGUUUGUGGGCCUGAGUGUCCAGGGGAGGCCACUGAGAGGGAAGAAAACACGGAGGAGGAAUACGGCCACACACUUCCUCCCUAUCAUGGUGUGAUGAUGAGGAGCUUUUCACUUCUAAUCUGGACAGAGAGCAUCUGAACUAAAAUACAUAUUUUGUCUAAGGAAGUUACUUAACUGCGCAGAUGCUGCCUCCCACUGGGCACGGACGUCAAUUCAACGUAUAUUCCACGUUGGUUCAAUGUGAUUUCAUUGAAAUUACGUGGAACAACGUUGAUUCAACCAGCUGUGCCCAGUGGGCUGCUUCUCACUUGGCUUGAGAUAGUUUAUUGGUUUGGGGGAUGGACAGUGUUUUCUGUGGCACUGGGUGAAAUAUAAACUCUAUUCUGUGCCAAAUCAUUGGAAGGAGAUGGACUGAAGGAGGACGUGACAUGGGGGGGACAAAGUAGGAGGCUGUUUCACACAUCAAGUGGAUGAACUGAGGAAACACUGGUUUUGGGUGUACAAAACACUUGUUACAAACUGUUAUUCGCGGUUCUCAAUCGCAUUUCAAUAAUCUGAACAGGUUUGGAAAUCAGGAAGAAGGGCUAACAGAUCAUUAAAUGCGAAAACAGCAAUAAACUCUUGAGCAAGAUCUUAGUGCUCAUUUUAAGCCUGAAACCAUAACAAAAGUGAAUAUAUAAUGUAUACUUAACCACUGAGUUCUGACUGUGUUGAAGCAAAUUAUUUAUUUUGUGUAAUAUUUAACUGGAGGUGGAAAGAAGGUGAACAUUUAUUUGCAUUCUUUUACACCUUUAAUGUCUAGAAGAGAAAAUAAAACGAGACGUUUCCUCCUCUGUA